AUGGAUCAGAGAAGAUAUGAGCCAGAGUUUGAUGAAUUUGAGAAGCUUCUUCUAGAGAUUCCCAAAGUUACUUCAGGAAACGAGUACAGUCCUUUCCCUGUAUGUUUGAGCUCAAGCAGAUCAGCACCUUCCAUCAAGAAACCAGCUCCAUUCCAAGAACAACAUCUUCAUCUUCCCGGUGACUACGCAUUUACAUCUUCACUUUCUCAAGGAAACUUAAACUUUGGAAUCUCAAAUCAAACUCCGGAGAACCCCCAACAUAUGUUCAGCCAUUCUUACCACUCUCCACCUUGUGUACAUGACAAGUUUGAUUCAAGAAAACUCGAUCCUCACAUGUUUAGGAAGCUGCAACAUGUUGGUUGCUUUCCGAGUGUCUCACCUCCUCAGCCGCAGCGUUACAUGACAUCCUCUCUCCCUCACCAUCAAGCUUUGGAUCAGUCUCAUAUCAACUGGAGGAAUACUGAAGAAGAGAGGCUGAAUCAGCAAGAAGAACAACAGUACAUGCCAGUGAACCCUCAUUACCUUUAUCUUUGUAAUAAUAACAACUACCCUUUAAUGGAUACUUCUCCAAGACAGAACCAUUCCCAGUAUCACCGGCCUAAACAGUCUAACAACUUGUUUUGUAUUGGAGAAGAUGGCGAGGAGAGGAGUGUGGAUGGGGCAAGGAAGAGAAUGUACUAUCCGGAGAAGCUUCUAGUGAGAUCACCACUCGGUGUAAACACAGCUAAAGUCAUAAAGUACGGUUCUGGAGAAGACUCACAGAACAGAAGACUUUGUUUGCAGAAUCACCAACUCGGUGAAGAUAUCUCAAUGAGCCUCAACAAUCUAACGUUGCAGCCUCCAAAAUUCUUCUCUCUUGCAGAGGCAAGAGGAAAGAUCUACUACAUGGCUAAAGAUCAGCACGGUUGCCGCUUUCUGCAGAGGAAAUUUGCUGAGAGAGAUGUGAAAGAUAUCGAAAUGAUCUUCAACGAGAUCAUUGACUAUAUCAGUGAGCUUAUGGUAGAUCCCUUUGGGAACUAUCUAGUUCAAAAGCUGCUUGAAGUAUGCAACGAUGAUCAGAGGAUGAGGAUUGUUCAUUACAUAUCUAGAAAGCCAGGAUUGCUUAUCAAAAUCUCUUGUGACAUGCACGGGACCAGAGUUGUUCAAAAGAUAGUUGAAACGGUUAAGAGACAAGAGGAGAUUUCAGUCAUCAUCUCUGCUUUGAGGCAUGGCAUUGUGACUCUGAUGAAGAAUGUUAACGGUAAUCACGUUGUUCAACGGUGCUUGCAGUAUUUGUUACCUCACUGCACAAAGUUUCUUUUUGGAGCUGCGAUGACUCAUUGUGUUGAGCUUGCAACUGAUCGGCAUGGAUGUUGUGUGCUUCAAAAAUGCAUUGGCUAUUUCGAAGGAGAACAAAAAGAUCGCUUAGUUUCUGAAAUUGCCUCAAAUGCUCUACUCCUCUCUCAAGACCCUUUUGGGAACUACGCUCUUCAGUACGUCUUUGAGCUACAUCUUGAAUGGGCUGUCAACGAGAUUCUCGAGCAACUAGAAGGGAACUACACCGAGUUAUCGAUGCAGAAAUGUAGCAGCAAUGUAGUUGAGAAAUGUCUGACACUAGCUGAUGACAAACAUCAGGCUCGUAUCAUCAGAGAACUCAUAGCAUAUGGUCGUCUUGAUCAAGUUAUGUUGGAUCCUUACGGAAACUAUGUCAUUCAAGCAGCUCUUAAGCACUCCAAGGUAACACUCAAAGAAACAAAAUCACAAUUGUUGGUUGAUUUAGAUUCAGUAUCUAAUGAUGAGAGAUUGUUGCAGGGGAGUCUACAUGGUCUUUUGGUUGAUGCCAUUAAAGUUUACAUCUCAUCUCUUCGUACCAGUCCUUACGAGAGACAUGGUGUUCCGCGGCGACACAGUGAUGUCCGUAGCUCAUUUAUCGGCAGAGAUCUUUCAGGGAUUACGGUGGAUUCCGCUGUCGGAUCGAAUCAGAAGCGGCGAGAUGUUGCAGCUCGUCUGCUGUUUUCCGCUUCAACAGUUGGGUCGAUUCGUGUUAUGGUUCUGGAGUUAUAUAUGUCUUCCACCUCCAGAGAUGAUGAUGAUGAUCUUGAUAACGAUGAGGUUUAUGGAUCAUCUUCGUCUACUUCUAUUGUUAAUCAUCAUAAUUACUAUCAUCUUCGUUUGGAGUGACAAAGUUUUCGUUUGCUAGUUUUUUACUUGUAAAAGUAUUUUUUUUUCUUAUUUGUAUAGAAAAAAAAUCAUUGUGUGGGUGUUUUUUAUUUUAUGGACUUCCUUGGGAUUGUUGGAUAGAUCGGUGUAUGUUUCUCAAUCCUUGUUUAUA